GAGUGGAGGCUGGCCUCCCAGUCAACUGGAAUUGGUCGAGUUUCGUCUUUAUUCCACCUGCAUGUUCUUUAUCUCGGUUUUAUCCAGUAUAUUUGAUACAUAAACUUAGUUUGAAAUGAUCGCAGCAAACUAUCAAAUCCAACCUCCUGCGUUUCCGCAUGCGCUUCCGUCAUUGCCAGCAACUUCCGCUCCAGAUCGACUUUCGUGCACUUUUGUUCGAGCAAAUGAAUUUGCUCCACUAAUUAAUUCUUCCCGAAUGAGUUGCGAACGGAUUGAAACCUCGACACAGUGCGUCCUUCACCACUUUCAAGAAGUAAAACAUCAUUUCAAUCUUCGUGUGCGGAUAAACUCGUCUUGGUGGUGCACGUCGAAGCUUCUCGGCCUAGUUAGCUUAGCUUAGCUCGCUAGCCGCUCACAAAGAGACGCGUUUGUCAGCAACGCAUCGCAAAUUCGAGAUCGCCUGUGAUGAUCGUGUGCAAAAUCUGUGCAAGAACGACAGCAAAGUACGAGAAGGAACUUUCUGGAACGAAAGAGAAGGACGAGCCACGACGUCAACUUGUGGACGCUGUUCGCAUGCAGCCUCGUGUUGUGUUACACAGAGCAGUGUUGCGAUCGUCGUGUGAAAAUGUGUGCAAGGACAGCAGAGUACGAGGAGGAACUUUGGGGCCCAAAAGAGGAGAAGGAGCCACAACGUCAACUGCUGGACGCUGCGUUCAAUCUGCAGCCUCGAAUUGUGCUACACAGAGCAGUCUAGUUGAGGAAACAUUUGUUCAUGCCAAGUCAAAUCAGUCUUCAAUGGUGGGAAGUAACCAAGUACAGUAGAGAGGAAGAGCAGGAGAAAAUCAUCAAGGUUCCAUCCACUGGUGUCCCUUUGAAGAGUGAAGAUGAAGGUCGAAGUGAGGAGAGACGAGGGGCGGAGCCACCAAACGGCAACAGCUCAAGUGACGGAGACCACUGUGGAGGAUCACAAACAGACGGUGAUGAUGAUGAUGAUGAUGUUGAUGAACAGUUGGAAGGUGAUAUGACAUGUCACACUGCCAAUAAAUGCUGGAAAUGUUCUAAAUGUAGGAAAACAUUUGCUUCUAAGAGCAAUUUCAAACGACACAUGAAAAUACACACUGGAGAGAAGCCCUUUGCAUGCUCAGUUUGUGGGCAAAGAUUCUCCCGAAAGGGAAGCUUAAAAAUACACGCAAGAACACACACUGGUGAGAAACCUUUUGGAUGCUUAGUUUGUGGGCAAAGGUUCUCUGUGAAGAGUGGCUUAAAAAUACACACAAGAACACACACUGGUGAGAAACCUUUUGGAUGCUUAGUUUGUGGGCAAAGGUUCUCUUUGAAGAGUUGCUUAACAAUACACACAAGAACACACGCCGGUGAGAAGCCUUUUGCCUGCUCAGUUUGUGGUCAAAGAUUCACACAGAAGGGAUACUUAAAAAGUCACACAAGAACGCACACUGGUGAGAAACCUUUUGCAUGCUCAGUUUGUGGUCAAAGAUUCUCCCAAAAGGGAACCUUAAAAAGUCACACAAGAACGCACACUGGUGAGAAACCUUUUGCCUGCUCAGUUUGUGGUCAAAGUUUCUCUGAAAAGGGAACUUUAAUAACACACACAAGAACUCACACUGGUGAGAAACCUUUUGCUUGCUCAGUUUGUGGUCAAAGAUUCUCCAUAAAGAAAAACUUAAAAAUACACACAAGAACACACACUGGUGAGAAACCUUUUGCCUGCACAGUUUGUGGUCAAACUUUCUCUCAGAAGGGAACAUUAAAAGGUCACACAAGAACGCACACUGGUGAGAAACCUUUUGCAUGCUCAGUUUGUGGUCAAAGAUUCUCCAUAAAGAAAAGCUUAAAAAUACACACAAAAACACACACUGGUGAGAAACCUUUUGUAUGCUCAGUUUGUGGGCAAAGGUUCUCUCGAAAGGGACAUUUGACACGUCACACAAGAACACACACUGGAGAGAAGCCUUUUUCCUGCUCAGGUUGUGGUCAAAGAUUCUCCAUCAAGAACAACUUAAAAAUACACACAAGAACACACACUGGUGAGAAACCUUUUGCCUGCACAGUUUGUGGUCAAAGGUUCUCUGUGAAGAGUUACUUAAAAAUACACACACGAACCCACACUGGUGAGAAACCUUUUGUAUGCUCGGUUUGUGGUCAAAGAUUCUCUCGUAAGGGAACCUUAAAAGGUCACACAAGAACGCACACUGGUGAGAAACCUUUUGCAUGCUCAGUUUGUGGUCAAAGAUUCUCCAUAAAGAAAAGCUUAAAAAAACACACAAGAACGCACACUGGUGAGAAACCUUUUGCAUGCUCAGUUUGUGGGCAAAGGUUCUCUCGAAAGGGACAUUUGACACGUCACGCAAGAACACACACUGGAGAGAAGCCUUUUUCCUGCUCAGGUUGUGGUCAAAGAUUCUCUCGUAAGGCUCUGGUUAAGACACACAAGUGUCCUGGUGAGACAAGCAGUGAUCAAGAAGAAUAACUGAAAUAUCACACAGCCAUAAGUAUUCAGACCCCAACAAAGGGUCGGAAUACUUAUGGCUGUGUGAUAUUUCACUUUUUCUUUUUUCAUAAAUCAGCAAAAAUUUCAACCAUUAUUAUUUUUUCUGUCAAUAUGGGGUGCUGUGUGUACAUUAAUGAGGGAAAAAAAUGAAGUGAUUUUAGCAAAUGGAAGAUAUACAACGUAAUACCAGCUUGAACAAGGCAGUGUUUAGAAACUCUAGCAAUUUCCUGAAAAGUUGUCAUUUUGAAGGUGAGGGGAUUCCACCUGACAGCUGCGAUAUACAAAUAUGACCAAUGACUGCCACUUCAUAGUAUGGUACAUUCCUUUUCCCACACCAGCUAUGCCAGUGCUUUUCAAUUUUCUAUUGUGUUGAUGAAAAAGGGGUGUUCGAAAGGGAAUUAGUUAUUUACCAAUUGCUCCAAAAUGUAUUGAUAUUAUUGGAAAUGAGUGCCAAUUUCAUUUUCUUGAGCAUGCAUGCAUUUUGUCCAAUGUUUUAGUGAUGUCAAUAUCAAAUAAAUGAAUGAUUGAUUGAAAUAGACUGUAAAAAAAAACUGACUUUUGGUGCUAAACUGUAACGUGUAUUUGUGAU